AAGCCUGAUAUUGAAUCAUGAUAGCUGGAAGUCUAGGAGAGAGGGAGAGGGAGAGGGGUUAAGAGCUCGGUAGAGCUGAUAGAAUUGCAGCAGCAGGAGUACAAAUCUCAAGCUCAGUCUGCGCAUUUGGAACUCGCUCGUUAGUCUUCACUCCGCAGACCAUUUUGAGAGGAUAGACCGGUCAGCCGAUCGGCUUCAUAUUUGUGAGUUGAGAGUGAUAGCAGCUGAACGUUGGUAGUAAGGAAGGCAGUGCCAACAGACCGUCUGUAGUGCAUUUGGAAUCUUAGAGAUCGGUCAAGAUGAGGGUACAACCGCUGACAGAGUCCUUGUGGUUAGAAGCACAUGGAGAUGCUGACUCGUUUAUGGCACAUGGAGGUGGAAUGGCAAUCGCUCUUGGGACUCUUCUCGCAGUUCUGUCCGCUGUUGCCAAUGGUACCUUCACCAUAUUUUCUAAAACCGGCGCCGUUCGGAGAGCUCGAGUGGAUCCAGUCGUCUUCAACCUAUGGGCAUGUGUUGGGAUCGUUCUCAGCAGUCUGCUCACCUUGGUGAUGUACAAGUUUGUGUGGUCAUACAUGGGCCUCAUCAGUGGGCUGCUGUUCGUACUCUCAGCCUCUAACUCUUACAGAGCAGUCCGGCUGAUAGGUGUCUCAGUUGGGACGGGAAUUUGGUGCGGUACGGCAGUUCUUGUUUCAUUUGUUGCCGGAUUGGUGUUUGAUCCUAAUGGAGCAUUGAAGAGCAAACUUUGGGCUCUCGUUGCCAUAAUCAUUAUCAUGAUCGGAAUCGUCGGCGUGGCAUACGCUGGACAUGUGGGGAGGGUUGCUGCUGGCCACGAGGAGAAUCUCGACACUUUGCUUCAACAUCCAGUAACAGGUGAACAGAGAUCUGGUACUUUUUCAACUGGAGUGUUUACUGCUAUCUUUGCCGGUCUGGCGGGUGGUCUCAUCAUGAUUCCUCUAACAAGAGCGAGUGCAGAAGCUCAGGGUAUCCCCUACCUGCCUUCCUUCGCAAUCGGUGUGGCUAUCUUCGCACCGAUCGUGACUGCGAUCCCGUACGUGACCCGCGUAGAUCGUGAGAUGCCCAACCUCGCACCUGCGGCAGCUGCUCUUCCCGGAAUCGUCUCAGGAAUCGUCUGGAACAUAGGGAACGUGUUCAGCAUUCUCGCCAUAGGCUACAUCAGCUACUCCAUCGCCUACCCCAUCAUGCAAUGCGGAAUUUUAGUUGCCGGACUUUGGGGAAUGCUUUUGUUCGAAGAAAUUCAAGGCUCCUCGUCAACGGCCUACUGGAUCUCAGGCGCGAUCAUCAUCGUGGGAGUUGCUAUACUGGCCCUUGCUCGCUGAAAAGUUUGGAUAACUUCGGAAUCCACCACCGAUGUUGAGUGAUGUCCUGUAUACGUAAAAAUUUGUGUAAAGACAACCGACCAUAUUCUCUAGCACACUGUAGUUAUAGAAUGAGCUGAUGCUUUGGGCAAAUAUGUGUAAAUUUUUUUUCGGUCUGUAUCUCCCUCCAGUUUGAUAAAUGAAGUGCAUUGUCAACAAGACUACAGUUUUCCUACCGCCUUAGCUUUGGGACGCCCAUCCUUACACGUAAGAACAUGUAGGUCGUCUUUCGUGAUUGAUCAGAGCAAAUUUUGAUGAAAAAUUUU